AAACCUCCACCAACCCUAGACCUCAUCCUCCUUUCUUCAUCCUCCAAGCUUAUUUCCAGCACCGUGGGUUUAUCCAAUAAAACCCAUUCUCUGAUCCAAUCCCAUUUUAGAGGCUGCGAUGCUAAGGCAGAAGAGACCGGGAGAAGAAAG